GGAAACCUUACGCUUAUAAAAUGGAUUCGCCUAAAAUAGUGUAUAAAUAUUACUCAAACCCAGCUUUCUGCGGACAGAGCGAAGCUUACACCAAAUAUGUCAAAAGUCCGGACAGAAGAAUGUCCCCGCUAGGCGGGAACUCGCCGAGAAAAGUAGAAUACAGUAACAGGAUACUCAGAACAGAUAUAUCUGAUAAUCCUCUAAGGAUAUCUCCAGCAGGAGCUUUAAGGAACAGAGAUGAGCCUCCGGAACUGCCACCGAAACCGCCGAAGUUUCAAAAACAGUUCCAGCGACAGUCCUCUUUGAUGUGCAAACCUACACGGACCCCUGUAAGGUGUCGGACAAGGAGCGAAGACUUAGAAAUGGCACAGUUUAAACUACAAAGAACCAAAUAUGAUAGAAACGCUGAAAGCGACGACGGCUUAGAAGAUAGCCGUGUUAAACACAGAUAUGAAGUCAUCAGAGAUGAUUUUGAUGACCUAGUAGACUAUUCUCCAACGAAAAAGAGGAUAAUUGAAGCUAAUGCCAACGAAAUAGAAGAAUAUAACGUUGACGGCCCAGAUGAAAACGAAUUGAAAGAGAUACCAACAGAAAUAGUCAAGACUGUAAAUGGGAAGACGCAUAGAUACGCAAUAGUGCCUUCAGAUGAUGAUGAGCCGGUUAAAAAGCACAGCGUUACCAUAGCAAGUCCAGUAAUGACUAAGAAAAAUAUAAUAGCGACACAAAAACUACACGAAUUGUUAUCAACUCCUAGGAAAUUAAAGAGCUAUGCAAGUCAACCAUCAGUGAGGAUAACUCCGAAUAAGGCUACAAGUCCUAAUCGUUAUACAGCGACUCCUCAAAAGAUUUUGCACAGUACACCUACUCAUGGAGUCACUCCUUCAAAAUCUUGUGCUAACCUGACAUCUCCAAGAAAUGCUACAUCUCCUAUAUCGCCGAAAGCUCAACAAAAAUUACAUUAUGGAACUCCAGAGGAAUUUGAAAGGCAUGAUGUGUUUGUGACCAGUUUUAGAGAGAAGAGUAGGGAACGGAGUUUUGAUAUGGAUAGGAGGGAAAUGAGCAGGGAGAGUAGGAGGGAUUAUGAUAGAAGGAGUCCGAAGAAGGAGAAGAAGAGUACAGCGGUUAUUGUGCCCAGGGUAGCAGCACCACCGUCAGUGUACUCUGAGGAGACAUACAAAUCCUUCAACAGUACCAAAACCAUGAGUGCUGCCGCCGCCUCUCUCACCAUAGCAGCUUUGAUGCUUACGUUGAGCGGGGGACUGACUACGGGACUUAGUUUCUACAUGAUGUAUACGAUUGGUCGACGGUACUACCUGGACUUCGGAGUGCUAGCGGGGUUCACCUGCUUCCUUUUAGGGCUCCUGGGGCUCCGCUCGCGCCGCCACCAGCUGCUUCCCAACAGGAACUACAUCUCAGGCUACAUAGUUCUGUCCUGCUUCUCACUUCUCAGCGCGUUUGGUCUCCUCUUGCUGCUUUCCAUCCAGCCUUCGCCCGGGACUCCGCUCAGCGACAUAACCUCGGGCGCUGUGUGCGCAGUGUCGGCACUGUCGUUGUUCGUGGCCACUUUGGGAGUUUUUGCGUCAUAUUGUUGCGCAAGAGAUCCGCCAGAUAAUAGAGUAGGGACUGUAAGAUGGUAUUAAGUGCUUAAUACUUAGUUUAAUGGUAGAUUUAGAGUGACAGAUAGUAAAAUAUCAUUUUAAGUUACUGUUUGAAUCGACGCUGGAAAUGCUAUCACGGUGCCAAUGACAUAUUGUUGCGCGAGGGAGAGGGAUUCGUCAGGUAUUAAACAGUAGGAACAUAAUAUAUGUAUAGAUUAUAAGUCUGUAAAGCUAUAUGUUCAUAAAUGCAUAAAAUAACAAUUUGAAUACAUUUCUGUAAGAAAUUUAUCAGACAAGUUUUAUUCAUGUUUAUAAGUUAAAAUGAUUCUUUAAAAACGCUUUUUUAUAUAAUGG